CCAACUGCCUCCCGCAGCAACGAGCUUCGAAAGUCAAAGAACAAUUAGGUGGACAACGAGCAUUACCAUUAGUCGUCUUUGCUUUUAUAACUGCUAAUAUAUUUGGUGUUAUUCAUUUGUUAUCUGUUAUUGAAGGAAUGUUCGUAUCAACCAAGGAAGCUCUUAGGACUAUUUUCCUGAAUGCCUCUGAGGACAUAUUAAAAAAUACGAUAAGCAACUUAAGUCUUCAAGCAAACUGCCGAAGAGACGAAAAUUCGCUUUGUGUAUUUCAUUUCAUGAGUGUGAGUGAACUUUAUACCGUACGCCGAAACAUCCGCAGAUUAUAUCCCAAUGCAUUCUUCGACCCUAAUGCACAACCUCGACAGGAACCAAUUGGUAAGGCUUGGUUACUUACUAAAAUGGGUGUAAAAAAAAGUGAUUUUGGUAAAGAUGACUCGUUUUUCAAGUCAUGA